AUGCUGCUGAAAGCCCUCUUCCCCGCCGUGGCGGUCCAGCUGGCCGCCGCGCAGGAGCUGAUGCGCUUCGGGUGCUCGCAGCUGACGCUGGACCGGGUCGACCCCUUAGUGGAGCCGGGCAACAUGCCGUCGGCGCACAUGCACCAGAUCAUCGGCGGCAACUCCUUCAACGCCAGCAUGAGCCCCGACAGCCACGACCCGCCGACGGCGUCGACCUGCACGAGCUGCACGUACUCGGAGGACUUCUCCAACUACUGGACCGCCAACCUGUACUUCCGCGCCCGCAACGGCUCCUACAAGCGCGUGCCCCAGUUCGCCAACCUGGGACUCAACGUCGAGGCCGGCAUGACCGUCUACUACAUCCGCGGGUACCAGCCCACGGCCAAGGUGACGGCCUUCCCGAAGGGUUUCCGCAUGCUCGUCGGGGACCCGACGAACCGCGCGGCCAGCACGAUGAGCCCCGGGCUGUGCUACCGGUGCGAGGCGAACAUGCAGCAGAACCCGUUCGGCGGCGCGCCCUGCACGGGCCAGGACACCCAGGCCUUCCCCAAGGGCGCCUGCGGCGGCGGCUGGCGCGUGACCGUGCACUUCCCCACCUGCUGGGACGGCAAGAACCUCGACUCCCCCGACCACAAGACCCACGUCGCCUACCCGAGCGGCAGCUUCGAGGCCAACAGCCCCUGCCCGGCCACGCACCCCGUCCGCGUCCCCCAAAUCAUGUACGAGAUAAUGUUCGACACGCGCGCCUUCAACAACAAGGCCGAGUGGCCCGCCGACGGCUCCCAGCCCUUCGUCUGGAGCAUGAACGACACGACCGGGUACGGGCUGCACGGAGACUACCUGUUCGGGUGGCAGGGCGACGCGCUGCAGCGCGCCAUGGACGGCAAGUGCAGCGGGGACCGCUGCGCCCCCCUGAAGCGGCAGACCGACCAGGCCGCCGUCGACUGCGUGCGCUCGCAGAGCUACAAGGAGGAUAUUGGGGAUGAUUGGCUCCCUAGCCUCCCCGGUUGGUAAACGCAUGGGGUUAUAAGUUAGGUGAAUUGGCAGGGGAGUGGGAAGGAAGGAAGGAAGGGAGAUCUAGUUAGAACCGACUUAGUAUCCCCUUGCCUCAUACUGUUGAGUUUUCCACUGCCUACCUAGGCACUUAGGUGUUAAUACGAGUGCCAAUCGACAUAGAUAGGCAGGUAUACUUGCCUACUACGGAUCUACCAUGUACUCACCACCUAGUAGGCAAGUCUUAGCUACUACAUAUUGCACAGCACGAAUA